CAGCAACUCUUGUCCUCUUCGUCGUUCACGCAGCCAACAGACCCACCAAUCCUCGCGCCAACGUCGUACGAUGUACGGCAGAGGCGAGCGGCCGCCCAACGAUAGCAAUGGCGGCGAAGGAAGCAGCAGCAGGCGAAAUUCCAGACGCGACAGCGCCGGUGCCUGGACGAUUCGAGGCUCAGCUGCAUCUGCUCAGCAAGAGGAUACCGACGAGUUUGGAAGGGUCAAGAGGGGAGGAGAGGAAGGGAUCCCAGGCAGAGAUACAGGGCGUAGUGAAGCAAAAGAGGACGAUCGCAAUCGAGCAAGGCGAAGAGAAGACGACACCGCCGCUCGCAACGACCGAGACGCUCAGCGCCGAGGCCCUCGACGAAGCGAUUACGAUGAUCGCUACUUAGCCGCUCAAGCUUGGCAUCCUCAGGCGGCGGGAUAUUAUGGCAUGGAUCCUUACGCAGCUGCCUAUGGACCGUCAGCUGGUCCAAGCGGCUAUUACGCUCAGCAAGCUGGGGCGGGCAGAUGGGCUGCAGAGGGUUACUAUGGCGCGACACCUAAAGGGCCACGAGAUAGCUGGGCGUCUCGGCGGGAUAGGGAGCGCGAUCGUCGAGACGAUCGGGUCAAUCAGAGUGGCAGGGAUGACACAAGCGCAAAGAGGCGAUCGCGCUCGCCUUCGCGGGAUUCAUCUGGCGCGAGAGAGGGGGACAGGCGAAGAGAUGGGAGCGCGACUCGCCGCAGGGCAUCACCACCACCACGCGCCCCAACUUCGCCGCGGCGUAGGCCACCAGCAUCAAGCACCACUACGAGCACAUCCACCCCCGUUUCUGGCCCGGAUCCAGAUGCUCGCACAAAGGCACGUAGAGCCGCCUCUCGCUCAGCUACGGCAAAGGACAUCUUCUCAGACUCGCUCAACUAUGCUGACAUGGAGGACAGCGCCGACGCAACACGCCGUCCUCCUCCGAGUCCACCAUCGCGCACGUCGUUCACCCCUCGCCGUCCACGGUCUGCAUCACGUUCGCCGCCACGUCACCCUCGCCAGCCACCUACGGGUCCGCGUGCAGAUCGUCGCGAUGGCGCCCCACCCACAGGUCCAGCAGCAAGUCGUGCGAACCGAGCAUCCAGAAGCCCUGAGCUCGAUCGCAGGAAUAGCAGGGCGAAUGGCGACGAGAGCAGGGAUCGAGGGUGGAAGAGGUCAAGGACGCCGUCGGAUCGCGGUACAGGAUCGCAGAGCGGCGGCAAGGCCUCGCUCAGUCCGGAAGCGGUCAAGCGGAUCAAGCGGCGUGACAGCGGUGAGACCAAGCCAGCGCCACGCCAGAUCCUCGAAGUAGCCUCCAACAAUCCCGGCGUGCCCGCAGUCAUGACUACAUUGGCUAGCUCGCCUGUGCUCGGUCCUAGCGAAGACGAAGGCGAUGAAGACGAGGACGCAACGCCUGUCACGCCAGCGCAACCGCAGCGUGCCCUACCCACCGAGCUCUACACGCGCAUCGCCCAAGUCGGCGAGGGAACGUAUGGCCAAGUCUUCAAGGCUCGAUCCGAGACUACCGGCGUCCUCGUUGCGCUCAAGAAGAUUCGCAUGGAGAGCGAAAAGGACGGAUUCCCCAUCACGGCCAUGCGAGAGAUCAAGUUACUCCAGAUGCUCCGCCACCCGAACGUGGUGCGGCUGCACGAGAUGAUGACCACGAUGAGCACUUCGGCGAGUGGGCGGCCAGGGGCAGGAGCGGUCUACAUGGUUUUCGAGUACAUGGAGCACGACCUCAAUGGCGUGUUGCAUCACCCCUCCGUGCAGUUCAGCGCUGCUCAUCUCAAGUCGCUGGCGAAACAGCUCCUCGAAGGGCUAGACUACCUACACGACAAAGCGGUCCUGCAUCGCGAUUUGAAGGGGAGCAACAUCCUUCUCAACAAUGCGGGCUUGCUCAAGCUGGCCGACUUUGGACUAGCCCGCCUGUACGCCAAGCGCCGUACCGACGCCGACUACACGAAUCGCGUCGUCACGCUAUGGUAUCGUCCGCCAGAGCUGCUCCUCGGUACGACGCGCUAUGGGACCGAAGUCGACUGUUGGGGAGCCGGCUGUAUCUUCCUCGAACUCUUCACGCGCAAGGCGAUUUUUCAGGGGCAGGACGAGAUCCAUCAGGUGCAGGCGAUCGUAGACGUGCUCGGGCCGAUGAGUGGGGCAAGGUGGGAAGGGGCUGAGCAGUUGCCGUGGUUCGAGCUGAUCAGGCCCACGGUGCCCGCGCUCGGCGAGCCUGACGCCGAUGGUGGAGCCGUAGACGUUUGGUCACAGCGCUUCCGCAAGAAUUACGCUCACCUGCUCUCACCACCGGCACUCGACGUCGCAGAAGCCCUCUUGCACUAUGACCCACGUAAACGCGCUUCGGCGGCUCAGGCGUUGGCGAUGCCUUACUUUACUGAAGAAGCGCCGAAGCCCAAAUUGCCCGCGGACGCUCUCUCGAAGCUCAAGGGCGAGUGGCACGAGUUGGAAAGUAGGCGGGCGAGACAGAAGAGUGGGAGGGCGGCCGCGGCGGCUGAGUUGGCUGCAGGAGCGGGGGUCAAACGAGCAGCGGAAGGAACGGCUUGACGCAUCCCAUAGCAUUACAUGCAUGUUACACAAGGAGCCUCAUCUUGACAUUUCGUCGCUUCACAACUCGUCGUGCUUCUUGGGAGUGAGCUUCCAUACCCUCGUCUGAUGCGGGUUGAGCUCAACACGCGGCAGCUUGCCCUGCACGCUCAUACCCUGCAACUUGCUCUGACCAGGCUUGCGCGGCGGAUUCUGGAAGUCCGUGUCGCUCCACAAGUCGUACGCAGUCCACGACGCCUUGGCCAGCUUGCGAUCGUCAAAGAAGACUUCAGAGAGGGGCAGCUCGACGUCCCACUUGGACUCGCCGAAAUUGACCAGCGCCACCGCAUAGCUGUCGUUGCUAAGCGUGCUCU